AUGCAGACGCGUCGCUCAGCGGGUCUCACCCCGCUGUCUAUCGUCCUGCCUCAUCCCAGCCUUCCUCGUCGCCGCUCAACUAUUCUUUCAUUGGUUCCCUCACCGCGAACCCCACUGAGUUGUGCUUCGCCCACCUCCAGCUUACUCUUCUCUGGAGCUGCCAAUCGCAAAAGUACGGAUAGUUGGAACAGCUCAAACCAGGAUCUCAUUGACGACCUGGACUAUGACUGGAAGCCUGACCAGAUUCUCUUUCUAAGAAGGACACUCGACGCUCUUCCUCCCCAUCUCUAUACGCCAUUCAACGGGCCCAUACCCCCUUCAAAUCUUCUUGACAAGAUUGCUCGCGGUGUCGCUCAGGCAAAGGGCGAGGACUGGCCACAUUCUCUGCGAGCCACCCGAACCAAGCUAAUUGAGCUUGCACGGACACUUGCUGACGAAGACAGCAAGAUUCAUAAGACUAUUCCAGAGGAAAACGUACUUGACACGUCGCGUUAUCCAUCGUUCACGGAGGGAGAUGUUCUGCAACCGACCACCAAUAUAGGUAGAGUUGGAAUAGGUCUGAACUCCAGACGGCCUCUUUACAGGCAGUCGAGUAUGGAUUUUCUCAAUACGUCGGAGCCCAAACCAGACGAUAGCAUCAGCCGCCUUUCAAAGCGACUGCAGAAGACUGAUCGUCUUAUCCCCAAUCCAAACUAUCAUCCCUAUUCUCGCAGUCAAAUCAAUCGACGAUCCUCUUCUCCUCCCAAACCCAACCACGUUCCCUCCCUCAUAAGCCCUUCUACGCCAAGCUCGUCAACGCUUUCGUCUCUUACCUCCAUUUCCGCGGCCGGUCACCCCCGAACUCUCCGUCGCUCUAUGUCUAUUACUUCGUCAUCGACCACAUCUAGUUCAAGGAUGAGUCUUGGCAGUGUCGACAACCUUCCGCCAAUUAAUGACCCUCGAGUUACGCGGAUUCGUCGCUCAGAGUCAUUUUGUAUGCAUCCAGUGGAGCCGCGACGAGCUGUUAAGCGAGCCCCGUCGUAUGGAGCCCUGGCCCAAGAGUCACGUGUAACUGACAUGCCCUCUUCCGACGAGGAAGAGAAAGAUCGCACUCGACGUGCCAAGAAACCACGAGUUAGAAGUGAUAGCGCUACAACUCCCCCGCUGUCGCCUUCACCAGGCCCUUCCCCGACCCCCUCUCCGGCCGCAACAAAGUCAGGCAAAUCCGCCGGUCCGUCGAAACGCAAAACUGCGGCUAGUGUUAGGUCAUCCGAAUCAACCGGUCCAUCUAAAUCGACGCGUCAGAGGACCUCCAGUAUGUUCGGCCCCGAGCUCGCCCCAAUUGUGGCUUGUGAAGCUCCGACUACCCCCCUUCUAUCUGCGGCCCCGUUACUCCAGGCCCCUGGUCCCGAAAAAGUCAAGACACUUAGACGUGUUCGCAGAUUGCCUGCUGCUCGACGGAUAUCAUUUGGAAGUCUCAUUGCGCCCGUUGGCGAGAAUGGCCACGAAGCUGACAUGGAGGAACGUGACGAAGAACACGCACUUGGGAGUGCUUUCCAAUUGCGGUAA